CAGCCUGCCGGGAGGAGUUCACCUAAGUAGCUCCGUUUGGAAACUUAAUCCCAUCUCUUAUUUAUAACAACAACUCGUCUUUUUUAUUUUAUUUGAUACGAGUAAACAGAUUGUAUUAGUUUAGAAGUAAAGGUUCAGUUCAGAGAGUCGUAUUUAGUGAAAAAGAAAAGCUAAGUUGACGCUCCAGCCGGCCGCAGCUAACAAAGAAAAUCCUUUCUCUUCAGAAAUAAUCCCCCAACUCUCUUUAGUUAUGAGUCAUGUGGUCGUCGAUAAUCCACACGGUCUAGAUCAGCAGCUUUCUGCCCUGGACUUGAACUCUGGUGAGGGACAAGGCGGAGGAACUGGCAGGCGUUACAUUCCACCUCACUUGAGGAACAAAGAGGCUUCCAAAAACGGAUUUAGCAGUUUUGACAACAAAGAUGGAGGCUGGAGUGGAGCUCCUCGAGAUGCAGCCUACAACAGCUUUGGUGGGCGAAAUGACAGGUCCAAGUCUUCCUUCUUUAACGAUAGAGGAUCAGGAGGAGGAGGAAGAGGCGGAGGAGGAGGAGGAAGGUAUGAGCGUGGGGGCUUUGGAUCAGGAGGAAACAACCGCUGGGCCGAGGACUCCAGAGAAGAGGACUGGUCCAAGCCCACUCCUCCCAAUGAGCGCCUGGAGCGCGAGCUUUUCUCUGCAAGUAACACGGGGAUAAACUUUGAUAAUUAUGAUGAUAUUCCUGUGGAGGCAACUGGAGCCAACUCCCCACCCCACAUUGAUAGUUUCCAUGACGUGGACAUGGGGGAGAUUAUCAUGGGGAACAUCGGUCUGAGUCGUUACACUCGGCCCACCCCGGUUCAGAAGCACGCCAUCCCCAUCAUCAAGUCCAAGAGAGACCUGAUGGCCUGUGCCCAGACGGGCUCCGGUAAGACUGCUGCUUUCCUGCUGCCAGUGCUGAGUCAGAUCUAUACCGAGGGACCAGGAGAUGCUCUUGCGGCCCAAAGGAACAGUGGACAGGACAAUGGAAGGUAUGGCCGCCGCAAACAGUACCCACUUGCCCUUGUCCUGGCUCCGACCAGAGAACUGGCUUUGCAGAUCUAUGAUGAGGCGAGGAAGUUUGCCUACCGCUCUCGUGUGCGUCCCUGCGUGGUCUAUGGAGGUGCUGAUAUUGGCCAGCAGAUCCGGGAGUUGGAGAGAGGCUGUCACCUGCUGGUGGCCACACCUGGACGUCUGGUUGACAUGAUGGAGAGGGGCAAGAUUGGUCUGGACUACUGCAACUUCUUGGUCCUGGACGAGGCUGACCGCAUGUUGGACAUGGGUUUUGAGCCACAGAUCAGACGAAUUGUCGAGCAAGACACAAUGCCGCCUAAAGGCAUCCGUCAGACCAUGAUGUUCAGCGCCACUUUCCCCAAAGAGAUCCAGAUCUUGGCUCGUGAUUUUCUGGAAGAUUACAUUUUUCUGGCAGUGGGGCGUGUUGGUUCCACUUCAGAAAACAUCACUCAGAAGGUGGUCUGGGUAGAAGACACUGAUAAAAGGUCCUUCCUUCUUGACCUGCUCAACGCCACAGUUAUUCCCAGUGAGGUUCAGGAAAAUGUGACAGACACCCAAGAGAAGCCAGGUAAAGACUCCUUGACUCUGGUAUUCGUGGAAACCAAGAAGGGAGCCGAUGCUCUGGAGGACUUCCUCUACCGCGAGGGUUAUGCCUGCACCAGCAUUCAUGGAGAUCGAUCCCAGAGAGACAGGGAGGAAGCUCUUCAUCAGUUCCGGUCUGGACGCUGCCCCAUCCUGGUGGCCACAGCUGUGGCUGCGCGAGGUCUGGACAUCUCCAACGUGAAGCACGUCAUUAACUUUGAUUUGCCCAGUGACAUUGAAGAAUACGUUCACCGUAUCGGCCGUACGGGACGUGUGGGCAAUCUUGGUCUGGCCACGUCGUUCUUUAACGACAAAAACAGCAACAUAACCAAAGAUUUGUUGGAUAUCCUCGUUGAGGCAAAGCAGGAAGUUCCUUCCUGGCUGGAGAGCUUGGCCUACGAGCAUCAGCACAAGAGCAGCGGCCGAGGACGCUCCAAGAGGUUCUCCGGUGGUUUCGGCGCUAGAGAUUACCGUCAGACGCCCGGCGCUGGAAACUUCACCAGCAGCCGUGGAGGACGCAGCACAGGAGGCCACGGAGGUAACCGCGGUUUUGGAGGAGGUGGCUUUGGGGGCAACUUCUACUCCAGUGAUGGCUACGGGGGAAGCUACAGCCACUCUGGUAGCGUGGACUGGUGGGGGAACUAAUUACCAUAGGAAUAGGUUGCCAUGCCAACCCAAUGGAAACCACAUGUUAACUUAAGCCAGACCAUAACAACCCUCCCUGUGUAGCUUCACUGACACACAGUACAUUACCAACCCUGGAUCUCUGCCAUUCGCUUCUCUCAUAAAGGAAGUGCAGCACGACGCAAAGGAAAUCACCAGCACGUGCAGAACCGGAGACCACAGAGAUUUGCACACCUCAGAGCGAGCAUGGAUGCUGACAUGUAUUGUCCGAUAGCGACCUCGGACUUUCAUUGUUAAAAGUAUUUUUGUUUUUUUUGUGGGGAAGGAAAAAACCCAGCAGCGCCACCUGAGGAUCAUUUGUAUGUUAAUGUACUGUGCCUUUUGAAUUUAAACAGGAAAUCUAUGUUUUCAUUUCACUUGAUAAUGGCCAAGAGCUCUAAAUUUUUACUUUUAUUUUGUUUGGUGAAGAGAAAAAAAAAAAGAAAAAAAUACUAGAAAGGUAAAAAUGAGCUUGGACUUAAUCAAACCUUGGCAAACACUUGGGUAUUGUGGCUCUCGGAGUCAUGAUUCCAUUUGAACCUCAAAUUUAUUGCAGGAACAUCAUGUAGCCUUUUUCUAUUCUAUCAAACAGCUAAUGGAGCCAUUCUCUAACAAACUGGGCCACUCUGUGAAGCAACUGUGUUUUAAUCCUUAGGGACAAAGUUUGACGUUCUUUUUUUCUUUUGCUCACUCUAUCCUGGACACGGCUCCUUUUUUUUUUUUUUCUUUUUUUUUUAAUUUAAUUUUUUUUUUUUUUUUUACGGAUAUGGUAGUCUUUGAAAUAGCCAUUCCUGUUAUCUUAACAAGAAGAAGACGAAAAAACACAGAAGUCAUUAAGCUCAGUGCCAAAAUCGCUGAGGUGAAACAAGAAUAAUCAAUGCUGGAACUCGUUACUCUACUUCUCAAUUGACUUAACAGUGUUACGGCAGCUAGUGUGUUACCAAGUGCUAGCUACAUUACGUAGGUGGUGUUUCUUGAUUUUUACUUGACAUUUUUGGUGCAGGCGUAUGCAAAUUAAAAAAACAAAACAAAAAACACGAGUCAGGGUUUGUUUUGUUUUUUUGUUCACUACACAAAAAAUGAAGCCUGCCAUCUUGAAAGUGAAGUUCAAAAUGGCCACAUUUAAGGACCACAGCAUUGGGGGGGCUCGGCGCAGCGUCGGCAACCACUUCGACCUGCCGCCGCAGGGCCCAGAUGGUAUUCUACGCUUGCAAGUGUUUUGUUUUUUGGUCAAGGAGAAAGUAUACGUGAACUGAGUCGCAGGCUUAACUUAAUUACAAGCGUCUUCUCUUUUCAAGCUGCGUUGGAGGCUUAGUUCAUCUUUAAGAGACAGGCAUUUGAGCGAUCACUGAGGUUUUUCAAUUUACCGGCACGGAGCAGAGCAGAGCAGCACUCCGACCACAGGGAUUAGGGGGCAGGGGCAGGCGAGGGGCGCGACUUUCUUUCUUUUGUUUUUCCAGUGCACCACCAUUGUCAGUGGCUUUGGUUUCUAUAGCUGCACAGUUGAGCUGGGGAGGUGGCCAUAGAUACGGCCGCUUCCUUCACGGAACAUACAAGUACUGUCAGGUCCUCUGGGAGCUCAUCUGCCCAGACUUUAGUCGGGAAAAAAAAAUCCAUAAAUCUGCAGCUUUUCCUCUCGGAGGAGUAGCCAUGUGGGGCAGAGAGACGGGUGCUUCGCUACCGAAUGCUCCCAGUUCUCUCGUCGGGUGUGUUGUGCCUUGAAACCUUAAUUUUUUUAUUUAUUUUCUUUAAGAAAAUCGAUAUAAAAGCGGAUGCACUGACAGUGUUGAGAAUUUGAGAUUGAAUGGUGCUACUUGAUUUAGGCGUGUUAAGCCCUUGUAUGUCUUGCCCAUCGAGUUUUACAGAAGUUUUAUUGCACAUCUAGAGUUUUAUAUAGAUGUCUUGGAUAAUGUGUCCUUAAGCUUCCAAAUAUUGUGUGGGAGGAGAUUAGUGGGUGGAGUUUAAAAAAAACAACAAAAAACGCAGCUUGUUUACAAAGGGGACGGGUUCUCAACGUUUAAAAACCAGGAUUUAUUUGGGACCAGGGGAUUUAGCAGUCGGGGGGAAUUUAGCCAUUUGCACAGAUUUCUAGAUUCUACUUUUGCUGCUAGUUUUGUGUAAUUUAUUAAGCAUUUUUGACAAAUAUUUAUUUUUGUAAGCCUCAAAGUGAUUCUUUGAAAGUUUCAGAAACUUGACCAAAAGACAGUACAAAAAACACUGGCACUUGAAUGUUGAAUGUCACCUGUAUGCGUGAAAUUUAUAUAUCUCGGGGUAGUGUGAGCGUUUUAAUGUUUAAGAUACAUUGGAUUCGGUAAAUGAUAUCCACAGCUGUUUCAGGGCCAGUCAUCUCUAUUAGAUUAUGCGAAUUGGACAUCAAAAUUUUGAAGUGGAAUUAAAUGAACAUGCCAAGGUUUGGACUAAAGCUGUCAAAAUAAAGAGCAAAUUUCCUGAGCAUAUCGACGCAGAAGUGUUCAGAUUCUCCAACUGUGUGCAUUAUAAGUUUAGUCUAAUUUGACCUGAUAAUUGUUUUUCUUCAAUGUCUGGCACAUGGCAAUCCUUAAAAGAAACAAACAUGUGGUUUAUUCUCAUUGUUGUAUUUGCAUAUAUGACACCUCUGGAGUUUUCCUGGACUGUGGAGCAGGUCUGCAGCAGCGGCUCCUCAAACAGAAAAGGCUGCUGCGGGCAAACCCAAGGCUUGUUCCACAACCUGGAGAACCGCAGAGCUAUUUAGAUGUAGACUUUGCUUUCUGUAUUAGUUCUAGGCUACUGCACUGCAUGAGAAGUACUCAGCUGUGCAACUUGUAUGAUUUUACCAAAAUAAAAUGUUUUGUUGGGAAGAGUGGAGAAAUGUUCGGGGGAGGGGGGGGGAUAAAUAAAUGAAGCAUGUUCUAGGUUAACCUGUUAACUGUAGGAGUUCUGAGAAGAUCUGUAGCAAACAGCCUGCUGUCUUGUGCAGAUGCAAGGCAGGCGGGUGGAAAAUUAAAUUUGAUAUGGAUUGAAUGUGCUUCGUUUCUGUUUGAAGAGAAUGCAUAAAGAUUUUCAUUUGUAAAUUCA